CUCUCAGCCAAUCAGAAGCCUUAGCUCGACAUCGCGGAAGCUUUGGCGUCGAUGUCGUGAUCGCUCCUAGACUCAACGCCAGACGCCUAAGGAGCUUCUAAGGCGCGUGCUCAAUGCAAUUUGGCUCGUUUUCUGCUGUUUCUGUGAGCGAUGGUCCGAGGGGACUGGCCUGGUAGACUGAACGGGGGCCUGCUCUGUUUGCCAUCAUUGGUUUUUUCGCCCGGGAGGAGAAUUAGUCAGGGCGGGCUUGGUAAAGAAAGGCCACAGAUUCCCCCGGAAUCCCUCCUUUCAUAUCAAAAGAGUGCUCCCCCAGGUUUCUCAGUAAUAAUAAAAAAGCCUUCUUUCUUUCUCUGCUCCCAUAGUCUCUUCAAACCGCAUCCCUCUCGGCUCAGUGACGCACACUCUUCUCAUUGAGAACCUAGUCCUGAAAAGUAUCAGCCACUUGCAUCUCUGCGUUGCAUUGUUUCCUCUGAAUACAAUCUGGUCGUCAAGCAAA